AUGUCGUCACCUCUUGCAUUGGCUCCAACAGCGGCGCCUUCCUCACAGGCUCUCAACUCUGAACCGGAACUUCCAAUCCCUCUCAUCUCCCUGCAACCUCUUCUCACACACUCGCCUUCGACCCUGGAAACAGCCAAAUCACUACUCUCUGCUUUCCGAACGUCCGGCUUCCUCUACCUCACAGAGUUUUCCUCAAUUAUUCCCCCAUCUCUCCUCGCAUCAGUCUUCGAGCAGUCAGCGCGCUUCUUCGCUCGCCCUCAGACACAGAAGGAUGGCUUAGCAUGGACCACAGCCCGCUCAAAUAGGGGCUAUGUGUGCAUGGGUCGGGAGAAAGUCAGCCAAGGCAUGUCCAAAGCGGACGUUGCGAAAGAGCGAGAACAUGGAGGCGAAGACUUGAAAGAGAGCUUCGAGAUCGGAAGAGAGUUCGAGGAAGGUCAUGAGAAUCGAUGGCCGGACAAAAUGGACGUCGAAGGGGCGGAGUUCAAGCUGACCAUGCUGGGGUUUUUUGAGAGGUGUAAAGAAGUGCAGGCAUUGCUCAUGCGAGGGAUAGCCCUCGGUAUGGGCCUAGAUGCGGGCUUCUUCGAAGAUUAUGUGACAAUGGGAGAUAACACGUUGAGACUCUUGCAUUAUCCCCCAGUAGCGCCUGGAGGGUUCGAAGGCGGAAAGAGGGUCAGGGCCGGUGCCCAUAGCGAUUACGGGAGCGUGACGCUGCUUUUCCAAGACCAGAGAGGAGGCUUACAGGUGGAGAGACCUGAAGGUUGGGUGGAUGUUCAGCCUAUCCAAGGGUCGAUAGUGGUGAAUGCGGGAGAUCUGCUGGCAAGAUGGAGUAACGAUUUGAUCAGAAGCACAAAACACAGAGUGGUAGAGCCACCAUUGAAGGGAAGGGAGGUAGAGGACGGACACCCAGCGAGGUACUCCGUGGCAUAUUUCUGCAAUCCCGACUUUGACAAAAGGAUCGAAGCGUUGCCGGGAACGUGGGAAGGUGAAAAAGGUGGGAAGAAGUAUGAAGGCGUCAACAGUGGGGAAUACCUGGUCCAGAGGUUGUCGGCCACGUAUUGA